CUUCAGUUUACCUUCAGUCACGGGCGCGAUCAGUUGACUUUUCCAAUUCGUGUGCUCUCGCAGUGUCCAAAAGCAAAUACCGCGAAUACCCAACCCGGUCGGAAAUAUUCCUAUAAAACAUAUAGUCGAUUCUGUGCAACAUUUGUGAUUGAAUUCAAAUACAAAUCGAUUGCAGGGAGUAAUUCUUUUUCCAAUUCUCCCCUUUCUCAAAUGGAACCAAUCUUCUUGAACAACGGGGGACGAUAAAUUGGCAAAGCCUGGCAGAACCUGCGAUUGGAAUUGUAACGGAUGAAAAAUGGAUACCGUCUAUGGGACAAAGAAAUACUUCCAGAGUUUAUCCGGCGUGAGUGAUAUAUACAGGGCGCAGACAUGUCGGCAAAUGAGCGCGGAUUAUACGUACCAGAACACAGUUGGCCGGAGGUCGCAGCUGGGGGCGUACUAUCACAUGAACAAGCAGCCCUCGUACACAAAUGAGCACAGUUUGAACAGUCAAUAUGGAUAUAACACGUGGGGCAUCUGGCGGGAUGGAAGGAACAUUGCCCCAUCCACCUUCUCGGCCAAGACACAUACUCAAUACCCCAAGAAUCGAUCCUUCAGCAUUAUCCUGACCACGGCCGCUUUUAUAGUCCUGCUGGCUGUCAUCUCCAUUGCCGGACUGGCCUUCUACUUUAGCUCGAUCAAGACCACGCUGGAGGAUCCUGUUAUGGGCUUCGAGGGUUCCUUCCGCAUUGCCAAAGGAGAUCUCUUCUCCACGGGCCUGAAAUACAAUCACACCACCACCUACAAGCAGAAGAUUGAUUUCUACAAAAGGUUUGUGGAGCGAUCUAUGAUGGAUAAUGGACUGCAACCAAUUCGCACUGACGUCUGGGGCUUUGGAGAGGGUCCGCUGAUAAAGGUCUCAUUCCGAGUGUUCCUUGAUGUCCGUAAACUACCACAAAAUAUUCUAAGCGUAGAGGAGUACAUUAAGGAGUCGCUGUUCCUGGAAACUUCUGCCACAAAGUCUCUAUAUCGUUCAUUGCGUUUGGAUACAGAGUCUGUGGAGAUUAAACGUAUAAUGGAUGAGCAGGUGGUGCGAUCUGCAGCUAUAUUAAAGGAAGCCCAAACGGUGCCCACUAGUCAAACCCAAUUGGAAAAACGACUCAUGAAGAAGGGCAGUACUCCAGCACCAGCUUCAAUUCAUCCAAAACCCUUAGGAGGCAAUACCACACCCAAGCCGAAGAAUCCCCUUUUGCGCAGCCAUUCCGCCGAUGAGGAGCCUGAUAUUGAUGUGGAGAAUGCUCCGGUAAUUCAAGGAUCUUUUGAGGGUUCCUUUGAAAUCACCAAGACGGAUGCGGAUAUUGCCAGGAAGAAGACUCCACCAACUCGGGCAUAUCAGGCCACUAGUAGUAGUACCUUGCCACCCAAGGCCAUUGCAGUGACACCGUUUUCAUUGAGGGUGAAGCCCAAAAAACCGAGCAUUGAGAAGUUAACGACCGUGCUGCCACAACAGGUGUCCACAGGAAGUCCCACCAGCACCACCAGGGCAACCACUAAGGCCACCAAGGCAACAACUACUACGACAAAGAGAACCACCACCUCUACUACCAGAAAAACCACCACUACGACUACUCCUAAACCUACAACAACAACUACGACAACCACGGAGGCUACUACUACAACUACCACUUCAACGACUACCCCUCCACCACCACCUAGUACCACUAGAGCCACCACAACUACCACCACCACUUUCACCUAUCCCUCGGUGAGCACUCCCACUUCGAGUCAAGGAGGAUCUCUGCCCAAAUUGGAUGCCAAUCUAUUCACAACCUUCCCCAUUUUGGAUACGCAACCUUGGAGACCAAUGCAUAGAGAGGUUCCGGAACUUCUACCCGGUCCACCACCCGCUUUUCCCACAAAAACUUUACCUGGAGGAACCACUCCAACUGUAAAUCACAUUCCCCAGCGGAGGGUUGAUGAAUUUGAAUUGCCUUUCAUUGGAGAUAAUCCCACUCCUCCGACAGCAGCCGUGGCUCCAGUGACCAUUGAUCCCUAUAGUCUUGGAUUCCUCAACCCGGGACUGCGAGUACAGGAACCAAAACCAAAUCAUGGACAGCAUCCACAGGAUCAGGACAUGCUUUUCUACCACAACUUUGGCAGUCCCAUUUUUAUGCCAGGCACUGAGAAUAUAGAACGUUUGGGAGGAGCCCUUGUGGAACCACAUCCUCUGCCCGUGCCCCUCAUCGAUGAUGUUAUCAUUCCCCCAUUUAAGCCUAUUGAUCCUACGAUAGGAACGGGUGAGAAACUGCCCUUUAAUCUGGAUGUUAGCAACGAGAGAUUCGAGCAUUUGGGUGGGGGAGUCAUUGCCAAGAAGCCGCAGGAGAAGGUGGAGAAAAAGGAGCACCCUGCGAAGAAGGAGCCACUGGAACAGCAAAUUAAGGAAGUGAAUCAAACGCUGGAAAAGAAGGUUGUUCAGGAGAAGAAAGAUCAGCAAGUAAAGACAGAGCAACAUGAGAUCACCACAAAGCGAGUAAUUAAAGAGGAGAAAGUGGAGGUCACGACAGCGCCCUCAAAGAUUGCAGUUAAUAGCGCACCGAAGCCAACCAAAACUCCAUCGCUACCUUCCCUUAAAACAACGGAUAAUUCUGUUUUAGCUGAUACCAUCGGAGAAUUCUUUAUGGAACUACUUAACUUGCCUAAAGAAGAUAAUGCCACUGCCACUAAGAAACCAACAGAGGAGCCGAUAGAAUCCAGGAUAGAACCAGAGGAAGAGGAGACCCAGAAGUCACCCAGCUUGAGCCACUCCAAGCCGAACUUUAUGAACCUUAAGGAGAUCAUUCUGCAGAGGAAUACCCCUUCCUCGAUUCUAUCCAAUGAAACUUUAGAGGAGGAUACUACGACAACAACACCAACAACUACAACUACCACAACGGAGGAGCCCAGGACCACCAAAAGGAAUCGCAUCCGCACAACAAGUGAACGACCCACUAUGAUGGACGACUCCAACUUGUUUCCUUCGCAUUCAAAGUGGGAGUUUGUGAACAGUUCUUCGGCUCAGGGAUUUGGACAUAAUUCGAAUAUGAGAAAGGUCUUCAAUAAGACUCUGCAGGCAUGGGUAUCGGAGGACAUUGACAAAUCGGAGAAUUUAACUUUGAGUGAUAUCAAGACGAGAAUUAACAAUGCUAGCAACAUUCAGGACAUCUCGUUGAUUUUCGACACAUUGGCUUCUAAGUUGGGCAUUACUCCUAGUGUUCCCAACAAGUUCCCUCCCUUUUCGCAGAACAAAAUGAAGCAGGCACCGAAAGAGGAAGUCAGGCGACCCAUUCUCACCUCCACAACCACGGAAGUUCCAUUAGUUGUCCCGGAAACAAUCCUGCCCGUGGAGAGGGAACCUUUUAUUAAACCCAUGGCCAGCUUUCUAGAGGAUGGCUCCUCGGAAGUUCUAGGAGCUGCUAUCCCUGUGAUUGGCGAGGCGGAAGUGGAGGUGGUGGACCCACUGAAUUACGAAGAGAUGCUUAAGAUCUCUCAGUUCGCUCCCAGUAGCACGGAACCCAGUGUGCAUCGAUUGGUGACCCUACUUCCGGUGAGAUCCAACUCCGGAAUCCGCACGUAUAGACCACCGGCCGAGGAUGAGGAGACGCAGAGGAGUGCGAGUGAACCAGUGCCUGUUCCUGCUCCCGCUCCCGCUCCCGCUCCAUCCCCCGGAAAAAUCAGUAUCCGGCGCAAGAGCAACCUCAACCAGAGCCGGAGAUUCGGCCAACCACCCGCAGAGGCGGUGGUCAAGGGCGGCAUCCAGGUGACGGUCAAGAAGUGAUCACAGAGUCGGCCAAAUAGCUUCACCAUGAGAUUAGCGAAGAGACGAGUUCUACCAUAGAGCCCCAUGAUUUAGCUUAGACCACUAUAUGUUAGCUAUAAGUAGGGAAUAUAUAACCUUAGUUAGGUCGAUCGUGCAAAUAACGAAAUCUUGUUCGAAAAUUGUUUACCAUCAUGUUGGAACAAUUUUGGAAUGACACUUCCGGUUAUACUCGGCGGUAUCUGCGACUGCCAGUCCUCAGUAUUUAAGACAAACCACAUCACAUUCAUUGCCUAAGUAUCAAAUCAUUAGUUUUUAAACGAUCCUACAAUUUUCGAAUAUUAUUUUUUUCAGUUCAUUGCGAUUCUUAUGUUAAUGUUAGUUGUGGAUGCGUAGAGAAGUAAUUUUAGUAAAUGAUUAAGUUCGAUCUUUGAAUAAAUGUGAAUAAUUUAUUAUUAA